AUGCUUUCAAGCCUCUCAACCAAGAUUGCUCUCCGCAAGGUCGGCAUCAAGAGCAAUACCUUUGACUUCGCCUCUCCGACGCCGAAAGCCUCCAAAACCGAUGGAACGCAGUCCGGCUUGAACGAUGACGAGCCCUCCGGGGCCUGGCCGAAAUGGAUGAGCACGCGCAAACUGCCAUUGACCGCCCAGGCAUGGCUCUCACCGAUUCCACCACCAAUACCCAUAGCAGAGUGUCCCAAGAUCGGGGACCUAGCGCCGCUAGACAGAGAUAGGCAACUUACCUUUGGUGGCGGACGUAAGAUGAUAGUGCUAUUCAUGCGCUGUGUUGGAUGCGCAUUCGCCCAGAAAUCCUUUCUAGCACUCCGUGCACUCGCGAAUCGCCAUCAGGCCUCUGGUCUGAAAUGCAUAGCCGUGUCGCAUUCGUCGCCCGAAGCAACACGGAAAUGGAUCGACCUCCUCGGAGGCGCCUGGAACGUUGAGGUGAUUAUCGAUGAGGAUCGCGCCACAUACGCGAUUUGGGGCUUGGGCUUGGGCAACGUCUGGUACAUGUUCAAUCCGACGACACAGCGGGAGGCAUGGAAAGAGAAAGGCUGGCUAGGUGACAAAGUCGCGGGUGCCAUCACAAGAACCGGGAGUUGGGGGAAGCAGCUAAAUGGCAACGGGCCUGUGGGAGCCCCGGCCCCUCCUAGUGGUGUGAAUGGCCCAGAAGCAACGCAAGUUGAGGCCGAGAAUCUUGGUCCAAGCACGGUGAUGGGAAACAAAUGGCAACAGGCUGGCUUAUUUGCGGUCGACGGUCGAGGUACGGUGGUGUGGGCUGAGAAAGCGCUUCGGGUUGAUGAUUGUUUGGACAUGAAUUCUGCAGCAAAAGCGUUGGGGUUUUAA